ACCAUAUAUAAAAAUCGGUAGGAAAAAAUGUCAGUUAUUACCUACCUGAAGAAAAUACUGCAUGUGGAAAAUUGUCGUGAUAACAAAAAAAAAUUGUUAAAAUUUAUCUUUUCAUAAAGAAUAAUGAACAUUGCUAUAUAAUUCGAGAAGUAUUUGUUGAUUUUAACCAGAUUGAUGUAGUUAGGUAAUUUAAUGAAAGGACAAAUAAAAUUGCGAAAUGAUGUUUAAAUUUGAAUUACCUACGCCGAUUUUCUUUAUAGUGGGAUUAUUUUGAAAGAAAAACCAUCAUAGGAAAUCACAAUAAUGUUGUUGAUACUUGUUAGCGCAGCGGUUUUACAUAACUUUGCUUUCGCAGAAGAUCUGAAGGACCUUUCUCCGUUAGAACUAAUAAAAUUAGGUCAAGAUAUUUCUCAAAUACAUCCCGAUGAAGUAAAACCGACAGAUGUUCAAUUUUAUAUUCUCACCAAAGACAAUCUUGAACCAACCCUCAUAUCAGCAGAAAGUAAAGAGCUUGUGAAUGUUACAAAACAGACUAUAAUUAUUAUACAUGGUUGGUUGGAAAAUCAUAGAAGAUCUUGGUAUAAAAAUGUAGCCGAUCAAUUUUUUGUGAAUGGUGAUAUCAAUUUUAUUGAAGUUGAUUGGGAACGACCGGCUCGAAUGCCAUAUGUUUAUUCUGCUAAAGCUACCAGGAUGGUCGGAAACGAGGUCGCACAAUUUAUUGAAGAUUUUGAUCUUUUUUCGAACGAGGUUUACAUCAUAGGACAUUCGUUAGGAGCUCAUAUCGCUGGAUUUGCUGGAAAAAAAUAUUUUGAAGAUACUGGUGAAAAGUUGAAAAGAAUUACUGGCUUAGAUCCUGCGGGCCCUUACUUUAGGCAUGCCAGUAUUAAUCCCAGCGAACGACUUGAUAAGGAUGAUGCCGAAAUUGUAGAUGCCAUUCACACUGAUGCAGGAUUUUAUGGCUACGAAAACCCAAUAGGUUCCUUCGACAUAUAUGUUAAUGGUGGACAAAGAAUACAACCUGGCUGUCUUGAUGAAUGGACUAUUCCAACUUCCUUUGGAGAUAUGCUAGAAAAAUCUUUCUGUAGUCACGCAAGGUCAACAAAAUACUUCACCGAAUGGAUAAGUACAGGAAAGUUCAAAUGCAAAUUCUGCACACCUCUUCUGGAAAUUAAUUUGUUUAAUGACAGGUGUGCCUUGCACCAUAAUAGUGAUCGUCAGGUGUUAGGGUUUGAGGAUGUUACAGUUGACAUAACAGGAGUAUGUUUUGCGGAAACUAAUAAGGAAGAACCAUAUUUGAGUUAAACAUGAUUUGAAUGUAGUAUUUAAUAGGGUCUUUAGAAAUAAAUUGCACUGUUAAAC